AUGGCAUUCCUACGAAGACACCCUCUUCGCACAGCAAAGGGCCGGCUGAUCUUUGGUGGCACUCCAUUGCGCUCCCUCUCCUCUAUCACAACGAGUAGCUGGUCCUACCCGCCCUCUGCUUCUGAUAUCUCUACUGAUGAUAUCACUCGCCUGGCAAGGAGCCCUCGUCGGCCUCUGACCCUUGCAGAUUUGCUCAGACAUGGCCGUCCGCCGCUCACGAGAGAGGCGCUCCUUGCGUCUGCAAACUUCACCCUCUCUCUCCUCCCUGCCAGACUCGCUUAUCGUAUCCAGGCUCUCAGAAAUCUCCCGUUCAUCGUCGUCUCGAACCCACACAUCUCCCAGAUAUACAACAAUUACAUCCAUUCGUUCUCUACCCUAUUACCGUUCCAGAAGAGGAGGAUAUCAACAGCAGAGGAAGAGAAGCAGUUUACAGAGAUCAUGGCCGAUCUAGUGCAGACACACGACAAUACAAUUCCAGUGCUAGCCCGAGGCUUCCUGGAGUGCCGUAAAUACAUCAGUCCCGCCGAGGUGACUGCAUUUCUGGACGAACAUCUAAGAGCAAGGAUUGGGACUCGAUUGAUUGCCCAACAGCACCUGGCACUGCAUCAUGCGUCCCUCACGACGGAGGAAGGUGGUGGGUUGACAACCCGGGAGAAGCAUGUGCCGUCCAACUACAUCGGGGUUAUCGAUACGGCCCUAAAACCUGCUCGCCUGAUAAAAGUCUGCGAAGAAUUCGUUGCCGAGAUAUGCGAGCUCAAAUAUGGUGUCCGGCCUAGAGUGAUUAUCAACGGAGAGCCGGAGGCCACUUUCGCCCAUAUCCCUGUCCACGUCGAAUACAUAAUCACCGAACUAUUGAAAAAUGCAUUCCGAGCGUCGGUCGAGGCUGGAAACGAGCGCGAGCCUAUCGAAGUAACCAUUGCUUCAGCUCCCAGUACCUCCGAGACUCAAGUCGGGCCAGCUCCUAUCGCCGAGAAGAGUCCGAACUCUCUUGGAACAGGCUCGCAAGCAGAUUUCCAGAUGGGCAUACAUAAAGGACGGGCCCUAGGGCCAAGCCAAAUAUUCGAGCCACUUAAAUCGUCUGCCCAGAGUAUUACAAUUCGCAUCAGGGAUCGCGGAGGCGGUAUACCUCCAGAGAUUCUGUCUGAUAUUUGGUCAUACAGUUACACCACGUUCAGCGAAGACGAGCUACCAGUCGGUGACAAUGGGAACGUCGACGCUUUGAAUGCGAUAUCUGGUAGUGGCGGUUAUAAUGCUAGUACCAUUGCAGGUCUCGGCUACGGCCUACCUCUUGGACGAGCAUACGCAGAAUAUUUUGGUGGAGGUAUUGACAUCCAGAGCCUGUGGGGCUGGGGUACCGACGUGUAUCUUACUCUACAAGGCGUUGGAAAGGUGCAAGGUUAG